CGGGCACAGCGGCGGCGGCGCCAUGAGGCCCGGGCAGGGGCACCGAGAUGUGCAGAGGAGUGAAUGCCCCAUGUUGUGUUAGUGCCUGUCUGCCAUGCUGGCCUGUCUGCCAGGACCAGGUGACCUCUCCUUUCAGCUUCUUUCUUACACGCAGAUGAACACUGGACUUCAGAAAUGGGACACUACACAGAAAAUGAGAUCUGCACAGUAUCCUACCCCAGCAGAAUUGGAUGCUUAUGCUAAGAAGGUCGCCAACAAUCCACUGACUAUAAAAAUUUUUCCAAACAGUGUCAAGGUUCCCCAGAGGAAACACAUACGCCGUACUGUGAACGGACUUGAUACUUCGGGCCAGAGGUACAGUCCCUACCCGUCUCAGGCCACCACCAAAACGGGCCUCCUGGCGAUAGUCAAAUCCCCAGCGAAAGGAAUCAUCAAGGACUUUGACGGGACGCGCACGCGCCUGCUGCCGGAAGCAAUGAUGAAUCCCCCUUCCACCCCCUACCUUGCACCGAGCACUUUAACCCACCCCCAGGCGCUUGCUCGCCAGCAGGCUCUCCAGCAUGCACAGACUUUGCCGCACCCCCAGAGCAUCCCGCAGCCCCAGGCUCUGCAGCACCCUCAGGGUAUCCCACAGCCACAAAGCUUACCGCACCCUCAGGGGAUCCCGCAGCCCCAGGCGCUGCCGCACCCUCAGAAUAUGCAGCAGCCGCAGGGCCUGCAGCACCCUCAGCCCAUGGCACACCAGCCUCUGCAGCACCCCCCCAACCCGCUGCUGCAGCCGGGUUUGCAUGGAAGCAGAAAGAUGCCGGAUGCAGACGCGCCGCCGAAUGUGACCGUGUCUACCUCAACCAUUCCCCUCUCUAUGGCUGCCACCCUGCAGCAGAACCAGCCACCGGACCUGAGCAGCAUUGUGCACCAGAUUAACCAGUUCUGCCAGGCCAGAGCUGGCAUUAGCACUACCUCAGUGUGUGAGGGACAGAUUGCAAACCCCAGCCCUAUAAGUCGCAACCUGCUUAUCAAUGCAAGUACCAGGGUAUCUACUCACAAUGUCCCUACACCCAUGCCUUCCUGUGUAGUAAACCCUGUAGAUCAUGCUGCUGCUGCUAUUCCUCCUGCCUCUGUUAAUGUGCCCAUGGUGAAUAUCAACAGGGUGCCGCCCGCCUACCAGAACGAAAUCAAAUCGGUGGCGUGGAACCAGCACCAGCUCGCGCAUCUGCAGCAAAUGUGUGGAGAUGCUGCUGGGCCUGCUGGACUCGCAGGGAAGCACCCUCAGAGGGAGAUCGCAGGGCAGAGUUUUCCUGGCAAAACAUCCAACUACCCUCAAGAACUGUGCAUGGGCCAGUCAUUCACCUUGAAGCCCCCCAUCGAGAAGCCGACGCCUUCUCCACCCGUGAACGGGUUGCAGGGACCCUUGCCAUAUACCAAUGGGCACUAUUUCCAGCCCAUCUGGAAUAACAUCCUGCCCACACCCAACAGUGACAGCUCUGGGUCCCAGGACCUCGCCAUGCCUUUCCACGGGGGACAACAGGCAGGAGCACCGCUAGAUUGUGCAGGAGGAACUCAUUACAGAGCUGGAGCUGGCCCAUCCAGCCAGAAUAAUGUGAUGCAGACCAUGGAUUACCUAAGUGGGGACUUCCAGCAGUCCUGCUUCAGAGAUCAGAGCAUGGCCGUGCUGGGGAAAGUCCAUCGGCCUCCCAUGAACCGAGCACCUGAACCAACCGAUAGUCGAAAUCUUCAUAUUCAACACCCAGGGUAUAGAUAGGCUGCAGUCACUUUCACAGACAAAAAUUAUAGGUUUAGUCUUAAUUUUAAUUAAUAAGCAAGGCAUUUUUAACUUGCAAACUUGUGUGAUCAUUAUAGUAACCGUUGGAAGAAGACAUACUGUAUAUUUAAAAGCUUUGCUUUACAUGUUCUCUAUCUCCUUUCUGCCUCAGAUACUUGACAUGCCUUUUGUUUCCAAGAAUUUCAUUACACUACUUCACGCCACAGCUGUUUCCUCACCGCAGAACCCCCUUUGUGCAGCUUUUGCUUUCUGCUCAGUAGCUCCUUGCUGGACUGAUGUUGAGUUGCUGCAGGGUUUGGCAGUUGCAUCUGUUCACCAGCUCCGUGAAGAGCGAGGUAGCGGAGCUGCUUAAAUUUCCAUCUCCGUUUCCUCUGAAGAUUAAGAGCAACAGAAUUGUCAGGAAGCAGGGCUUAUUUUCAACUCGAAAGCCCAUUUCAUUAAUGCAUUAAACACUGACCAUUUGCACUGUCUAGAGGCCUAUUUAAUUGAAAACGAAGCCUGUGUUUGAAAGAGCCAGCUAGGGGUGUGUAUUUAGGCAUUAACACAGGAAGAAGCUUCUCAGCUGUUUCUUGCUGAGACUCCCGCAUUUCUUGGUCUAGACUUUUUCCAAAGCCAAAAAUCUCUGGCUGAUUUUUCUGACACUUUGUUUGUUUGCAGACAGGGUAUGGAGGAGGAGGGAGCGGUGGCUUUAGGAUGUAGGCAGCAGAGCUGCCCUCAGGAGCUGCCUUUUCUCUGCAUCGUGUUUCCCUUCCCCGCUCCCCUUUCGCCAGCCUAAGAGCCAACCUGGUGUGAACCUCUCGCUGCUAGGAGUCUGGCCAUCCUGACCUGAAGGGAAUCCAGACCCACUGACAACUCCAAAAAAAGGGUUCAGCCACUUCUCGGGUAGCUAGAAUUUAAUUUCAGGGCGAGGAGACGUACCUGGAGCUCGUCUCCGGUGCAAUGAGCGGGUGGGGGGGCGGCAGGGCACCGUCCCCCCCCGGCAGCAGUCCCCACGGGACAGGAGGUGGGUUGAUCUGAAGCAAAGCUCCGCUCACGAGCCACUGUGGGACCAACAGGCCCAAAUUCCUCUCCCAUCAAAACACCACAGCGGAUUUAAUGGAACAAUUCUCCUCUCUGGGAAUUAGCAAAGGUAUUUAUAACAUCUCUUUUUCCCAGGGUCGUGGUGCCUAACUCCUUCUGAUCCUUUCCCACGUCACUUCCAGCAGCCAGUGGGGACAGUGACCGUAGGACACUAACUGUUGGGUAACCUCAGCCUCUUGUUCUCCUCAGUGAACCAAAACAGACCUUUCCUUUCUAACAGUCAAGUUUCUUUAAAGUAUAAAAUUUCUCAUCUCCAUUAACAAGACUAAUACUUGAACAAUAAUGAUCACAACCAAGUUUGGAAAUUAAAAAAAAAAAAAAAAAACACAAAAAAAACCCAAACCCAACUAAUUAAAAAAAAAAAAAGCAUUGAUUCUUUAUAUGUACACUGGCUAAAAAUAUUGCUCUACACUGUAACUUUUAAGUGUAAUAUUUCUGUAUGAAUGUCUCCUGGUAGUGUGGGUUUGAGUAGCAUUGUGUAUGGGUGAACCCACUGGCCUCUGCCAUCCAUUGGCCUCCCUCACAGCCCUUUUGACAAACAAAGCCUUAAGUAUUUGCUCCUUGAAUUUUUCCUUAACGAGCAUGGUUUAAAAAAAAUCUUAAAAAAAGACAUCAUACAAAAUUUAAAAAAGGAAAAAAAAGACAAAAAAAAAAAGAAGAAAAAAAUAACACGUUUUGAAGUGACGUCAUAGUUGGCUAGAGAUUCUUAAAAGUUUUUCGUAAAUGGAAAGAUUAGAAGACAUUUAUUUGUAUUUUUUUAAUUUAGACGUGUAGUCCUGGGCUGUAACAAAUAUUUAGGUUUCAAAGCUUAGCAGAGUACGUUUUCUGACUCCUUAGUACACUUAAUGUCAUUAUUUAAAUUCUUUUUAAGUGUACUAUAAACCGUUCUUUAGUGGUAACUCUUUAGCAAGGUUAAGCAAUUUGACUAAAGACGGAUUAAAUUAUGUGUUGGCUUGUGUUGCCUUAUAUUUAAAAAAGGAAAAAUUGCCUGAUUGUGUUAUGCCAAAUGAUAGCAACAUGAAGUCCUAAUUUAUUGUUUAUAAUCGUAUUCCUGCAGUCUUUGUGAAAACUGGUAAAUAUACAUCUAUGAAAGAACUAAAACCCUGAGGCUUUUCAUGCAAUAUUUUUCUGAAUCCCAUUAUACUGGAAGCCAAGGUUUGAGUCUGAAGCUGCUCCCUCCCAGUCUCCCCUGUCUGCCCCAUCCUUCUCCCCCAGACCGAUCUAGGGCUGUGCUGACUUUAACCUCUCCUGCAAAGUUAGUCACUGUAAGGUGUUCUGCUACCUGAAUACAGACCUUUUUACUAAAUAAAACAUUGGCGUCUCCUCUGUUCCGUAGCCUGCUACUCAUCUCAACCCAGACUGUUAUUAAAAGUGAUCUCUUUUCUUUUUU